AUUGUCCGGAUCAAAGAACAAAACGAACCCCUCAGAGGACGUGGGCCCCCAGCGACCGUCUGCGGGAGCCCUGACAGCGCGGCAGCCGCCGCCGGAGCCUCCAUCCGACGCGUCGACAGCACAGACCCGGUUCUUCCCGUUCUUUGAGUUCCUGACACCGCGAGGCCGGUUCAUCCCGGGCCUGGCCAAACACAGCGAGUGCUGCGGCAAAGAGAACGACGCCGUGAGAAUCGUUGGCGGGACGGAUGCCGCCGAAAACCAGUACCCAUGGAUGGCGGCGCUGUUCCUGGACGGAGACACCGCGCCCUUCUGCGGCGGCUCGCUGCUCAACAACAGAUACGUGGUCACUGCGGCGCACUGCGUCUUCUCCCUCGGCCCCUCCGACGUCACAGUCGUAUUCGGAAGACACGCGACGUCGUCGGAUUCCGGCAACGACCUGCCCCGUGAUAUCAACAUUAUACGGAUUCACCCGCAGUAUAAUGACAACACGCUAGAGUACGACAUCGCGCUGUUGCGACUGACGGACGCGCUGGCCGUGCCCGCGAUGGGCAACCUGAUCGCGCCCAUCUGCAUGCCCCACCGGUCCCGCUACACCAACAAGGACGUCGUGGCCGUCGGAUGGGGCGACACCUCGGAGGGCUCCGAGGACGUGCCGGACGUGCUGCAGACGGUUACGGUGCACACCAUUUCCAACCGGCGCUGCGCCCGACUGCUGGAUCCGCUCGGACCCAACAUACGCAAACACAUGAUCUGCGCCGGCGCCGAGGACCUCGGCGGCGGCGGCAGGGACACGUGCCAGGGCGACUCGGGCGGACCGCUGAGCGUGCGCACCUGGUACCGGCCGAGCCGGCACUCGCUGAUUGGAAUCACCAGCUUCGGCAUCGGCUGCGCGCGGCCCAACCGGCCGGGCGUCUACACCCGGGUCUACUCCUUCUCCGACUGGCUUAUCGACAACAUGCCGGACGCCUCGUACUGCUGACGGGCCCGCCAGCCGUGUGGAGGGGCCCGCCCGUCUUCAAUGCGAUCCUACCCAGUGCCCUCCAUCAGGGUUGGUGGGCCCUCGGAAAGGGUGUCAUCGUUGCGCUUGAAGAGCACGUACACCACUUACCGAGCGGCGAUCUACCUACCUAUAAAAUAUCACAUUCCGAAGUGGCUGUUAGCUGCAAAGUUCAGACUCGAUUGCCGUGGUACCUAUGACUAAAUAAAAUCAACACUGUUGA